AACAUCAACAAAGCAGCAGCACGGCAAACAGAAAGUGCAGCGACCUCGGUCUCCAGCACGUCGGCAAAGUUGCGACGCCCAUAACGAGUAGAAAUUCAAGUUGGAGUUAAGAUGGAGUCGACACCAGUGGAGCUCGACGGCAGCGUGAUGGAGGGCGUGAGUGACGACACGAGACGUCCGCGAGCAAGUUCGCAGCCCGCUGCUGGCUCCUGACUCGCCGGCGUCCUGUUCUGUGCUGUGCUGUUCUGCUCUGUCCUGUCCUAUCCCCCCUAUGUUUCGUCCGCUUCCUUCUCUGGUUUGUCUCCUCUUGCCUUCCUCCUUUGUCGUUGCUUCCUCGCAGGGCGGCCAAAUUCUGAGAGUGGCAGCGGCGCUCAGCUGCAUCAGCGGUUCAUCCGUCACGAUCGCCAAAGUCCGAGCAGGAAGGAGCACCCCGGGACUCAGGCCUCAACACCUGAGCGGCCUUCAGCUGGUUUCCGACAUGUGCGGCGGUGUCCUGCGUGGCGGCGCCAUCGGCAGUGCCAACGUCAGCCUGACGCCAGGGAAGAUUCGAGCUGGAAAGUACACAGCGGACACACGCACGGCAGGGAGUGUGUGUCUUUUACUGCAGGUGGCGCUGCCCUGUGCGCUCUAUGGCAACGCCACAACCACCAUGUGCCUCCGAGGAGGAACCAACACAGAGAUGGCGCCGCAAAUCGAUUACAUUCUCAAGGUCUUCAAACCCAUUGUGGAAAAGUUUGGAGUCCGUUUUGACUGUGACAUCAAAAUGAGAGGUUUUUUCCCAAAGGGCGGCGGCCAGGUGACCGCGACGGUGCGGCCGGUCAAAGAGUUGCAGGCGCUCACCUUGCUGGAGAGAGGAACCAUCACCAAGAUUCACGGGUGGGCCUACGUGGCCGGCAUCCUGCCUUUCAGGCUGGCCAAGGACAUGGCAGCGGCCGCCAUGCGCACCAUCCGGCGAGAAAUCAAGGAGCUGGAUGUCAACAUUCAAGUGUUGCAGGAGGAGAAAGAGAAGGCCUGCGCAAACGGAAACGGAAUCAUAAUAUUCGCUGAGUCUUCCACAGGGUGUCUGUUUGCGGGUUCCGCUCUGGGCAAGAAAGGUGUGCCCGCAGACAAAAUUGGCAUCGAAGCCGGAGAGAUGCUACUCAGAAACAUAUGCCACAACGGCUGCGUUGACGAAUUCCUCCAGGACCAGCUCAUCGUCUUCAUGGCGCUGGCCAAGGGGACCUCUCGGAUCCGAACAGGCGCCAUCAGCCUACACACGCAGACCGCCAUCCACGUGGCCCAGCAGAUGACGCAGGCAAAGUUUGCAAUAAGAAAAUGUGAGGAUGAGUUGAACAUCACCUACGUCAUUGAAUGUCAGGGCUCAGGCGUCUCCAACCCAAACCUGUAGACGAGACACUCCGCCCCCUCCCCCACUCUGAAGUUCACUGAAUGAAUCAUCAAUAAAUGCAUGCAUCAAGUGUG